GUGGUUGAAACAUAUGGUUCAUGCCCGGAUUUGAGGAUCCUUCUGCAAACGCUCACCGCGUGAUCUGGCAGCCUGUUUCUGAAUGAUGAUAUUCAGAAAAAAACAGGAACCGUGUGGAUAACUGAUCGACAGGGCCGCCUCUCCUCUUACUGGAAGAAAAUCCGCACAGUCGACCUGCUAAUGGGUUGAUUUCUUGCAGCUAUUUGAUCUCAUUGUUUUUUCUACAUGAGGCACUUUGCAGAUUUUACUCAGUAAUUCAUAGUUGAGUCGGAGGCGGCCGCCCUGAUGAAGUGUCGGCAGAGGGAGGAGGAAACCAAAGAGAGGAAGGAAACGAGGAUAACGUCACGAAAAGCAGAGUCGGAGUAAAACGGGCUGAAUAGUAUUUAAUGGACAAUCCUUGAUGCGGGCCGGGGACUGAGCUGCAGCUAAUUAUUGUGUUUGUUUACGCCGGAUCGGACAGAGAUGUAUUUGUUAAUUUUUCGGGCGUGAAUAAGGCCAAAGCAUUUUUCGGAGAGGAAACGGCAGCAGCAGCAGAAGCAGCAGAAGCAGCAGCAGCAGCAGAUUUCAUCUUUUUCAGGAGCUCCACUAAAGCAGAGAAAUGGAAAUGUGUGUUGCCCUCCUCCGUUUGCCGUUUUGCUGAAGGAUUUGGAAACAGCCCCAUCGUGAUACACGGAGCUCUAAGUGGAUCUCCUUUGCAGCUAAUUUUUUUUUUUAAUGAGUGAAAAAGACGUAUAGCCCGAUCAUCCGCGGGAUUUUUGGGGUCGUUGCUUUCAGUUUUUCUUUUUUUUUUUUUUACGGCAGAAAAAAAUAGCAGCAAAAAUCAUCGGGAGAAUUAACAGGUGACGGCUUGGACAAAUCCAAAAUGAGUGAGCUGGAGCAGCUUCGUCAGGAGGCCGAGCAGCUUAGGAACCAGAUAAGAGAUGCCAGGAAAGCAUGUGGAGAUUCAACCCUGACACAGAUAACUGCUGGUCUGGAUCCUGUGGGGCGGAUUCAGAUGCGGACGAGACGCACCCUCCGGGGCCACCUUGCCAAGAUCUACGCCAUGCACUGGGGUUCAGACUCAAGGCUUCUGGUUAGUGCCUCUCAAGAUGGAAAACUGAUCAUCUGGGACAGCUACACCACUAACAAGAUCCAUGCCAUCCCUCUUCGCUCCUCCUGGGUGAUGACCUGUGCUUACGCCCCCUCUGGGAACUACGUGGCCUGUGGAGGCCUCGACAACAUCUGCUCCAUCUAUUGCUUGAAGACGCGUGAGGGCAAUGUCAGAGUCAGCAGGGAGCUACCUGGCCAUACAGGUUACCUCUCAUGUUGCCGUUUCAUUGAUGACAAUCAAAUCAUCACGAGUUCAGGAGACACCACAUGUGCACUGUGGGACAUUGAGACAAGUCAGCAGACCACGGUUUUCUCAGGCCACAGCGGUGACGUCAUGAGCCUGUCCCUGUCGCCCGACCUCCGCACCUUUGUGUCAGGAGCCUGCGACGCCUCGGUCAAACUGUGGGACAUCAGGGACAGCAUGUGCCGGCAGACCUUCACAGGCCACGAGUCGGACAUCAAUGCCAUCUGUUUCUUUCCCAACGGCAGCGCCUUCGCCACAGGCUCUGACGACGCCACCUGCAGGCUGUUUGACCUGCGUGCCGACCAGGAGCUCAGCCUCUACUGCCAUGACAACAUCAUCUGUGGUAUCACCUCCGUGGCUUUCUCACGCUCCGGCCGUUUGCUGCUGGCUGGUUACGAUGACUUUAACUGUAACAUCUGGGAUGCCAUGAAGGGGGACAGAGCAGGAGUCCUUGCCGGCCAUGACAAUCGUGUGAGCUGUCUGGGUGUGACGGAUGACGGCAUGGCGGUGAGCACCGGGUCCUGGGACAGCUUCCUUAAGAUCUGGAACUGAGCCAUGCGUAUAAACAGCAAACACACGUCCAACAGACAGACACCGCUGGGACACAGUUUGCACUCUGUAUUCACACUGUAUGUAAGAUUCAACAGACAAACUGCAAUGUUGUACUGUACAUAAUAUAUAUGACUUAGGUAUGAGUUUACACACACACACACACACACACACACACACACACAGACAGACACACACACUUUAUGCAGGACAAGAUGACACAAGACCUGAACACAUACCUACACUACCUACAGCUGAUUUAAAUACACAGCAUUAAGGCUACAGUACCACACACACACACACACACACACACACACACACACACACACACACACACACACACACACACACACACACACACACACACACACACACACACACACACACACACACACACACACACACGCACACACACACACACAUAUAAAAUCUGUAAAAUGUCAAAAUGUGAGCAAAUACAGUUGAAUCCUCAGCUGCCCAAAUAAAAACACAAAUGCCACAAUGACCUGAAGCCUUUUAACACAUCUAAAACACAGUCUCUCUCUCUCUCUCUCUCUCUCCUCUCUCUCUCUCACACACACACACACACACACACACACACACACACACACACACACACACACACACACACACACACACACACACACACAGCACACAUCCUGAGAGACACUGCUCCUCGAGUUAAAUGGGAGAAGAAGUAAUUGGACAAUUCUGUCUUUGUUUACAUUGAAGUCAAAAAUGCACUUCAGACAAGUUUUUCUGUACUAUUUUUGUCUCUGUACCACACGUAUCUCAGCAAUGGUAAUGUGAAGGAAAAACAGUCGUGGAUGAGAAUCACGCGAGUCCAUUAACACUGAAAAAAUAAAUGAAUAAAUCACUGACAGACAGUAUGGAUCGGUGAUCGAGUCCAAGAAAAAUUUCAUCUGGCUCAAAACAUCAUGUAGUCACAGUUUUUAUAGAAAUGUACCCCCACAUACAGUACAUCUGUUCUGAAGUUUGAUUUUAUUUUUAACACUUCUUUUAUUCAUGUUCUCCCUGUGUGCCUCAGAUACACUUUAAGGAUUAUUAAUAGAGAAUAUUGAUAACAGUUAAAUUAACUCAAAAAUAUCCGCGAUUCAGAAGGUGGGUGAAAAAGAAAACCAUUAUAAGACACAUCUUAAUAAAGCAGGAGCCAGUAUUCAGACUUUGACUUUGUCAUUGUAUUAUCUGGACAUUACGAUGGUAUAAUUGUACAUAAUAUUAAUAAAUAAUAGCCUCUCCUGCCA